AUGGACCCUUCUCCAAAGCAUACUCGUGAACCCGACUUACCAGUAGAUGAAAGCUCUCGUACCAGCGGAAACAUGAAAGAAGGCCACUCAGAUAUUUCUUCCUCGGACUUUGAGGUAGAAGUUGCAGCAAAUGCACUUUCUCUUCGGGGCUUCUGGUUAAAAGUUUCCUUGACUCUUGUCGCUGGGACAGGUUUUACGCUCUUCGGGUAUGAUGCAGGGGUUAUGUCUGCGCUACUUACGGCUGGACAAUUUGAAAAAGUCUUUCCACAAGUCAUUGUAGAAGCUAGUCAUCCUAACCAUGCAACAUUGCAAAGCUUUGUUGGAGCAAUCUAUUCUGGUGGCUGCUUAUUUGGUGCAUUGUUAACUUCAUGGAUUGGAGACUGGCUUGGUCGUCGACGAACCAUAGUUUUGGGAGGAACUAUAUUAAUAAUAGGCGCCAUCUUACAAACCGCAUCGUACAGCUAUGCGCAGCUUGUGGUUGCUCGUAUCGUCACAGGGUUUGGGAAUGGCGUAACCACAUCGACUGUACCAACAUAUCAUGCCGAGUGCUCUCCAGCUGGACAACGCGGUAGUUUUAUCAUGAUUGAAGGGAGUCUUCUCACCCUCGGUGUUGCUGCCUCUCAUGCAUAUGAUCUUACCGUUCUGUAUGGUCAAUCUGAUUCGUCCGCCCAAUGGCGAGUCCCAGAGUCGAUUCAAAUUGUUUUCGCUCUCGUUGUAGUUAUAUGGAUCGUAUUCCUUCCGGAAUCACCUAGAUGGCUCAUGAAACACGGGCGAGAAGCACAAGCCAUGGCCAUCAUUUCAGCAUUUGAAGAUAAACCAUCGUCAGAUCCUGGUGUUCAGCUCACGUUCCAUGCGAUGCGCGAGGCUGUCGCUAAAGAAGGUUCGAUACUUCCAAGAGGAGAUUCCAAGUCUCCAGAAGAUAAGGCAACGACAGGCAGGAGACGUGGAAAUGCUACGUUCAAAGAAAUUUUUACUGGAGGACGGAGCCAAAAUUUUCGAAGGGUAGCAUUAGGUUCAGUUGCUCAGAUUUUCCAACAAAUAACAGGAAUUGCUGUGGUUAUAUUUUACGCUGCCAUUCUUUUUCAAACUUUAGGUCUUUCCGAUGUCACCUCACGUUUAGUGGCUGGUUGCAUGGGAACUCAAUAUUUUCUUUUCUCACUUACCGCCAUCCCUCUCAUUGAUCGGGUAGGACGUCGGCCACUCAUGCUCGCUUGCGCAGGUGGCCUUUGUAUAACGAUGUUGCUAUUAGCCGUACUGGGAAGUAUAGGGAGUAAGAUAGCAAAUACCGUGAGCGUCGUAUUGGUAUUCAUAUACCUGGACAUAUUUUCUCUUGGAUGGCUUGGGAUGACUUGGCUGUAUCCCGCGGAGAUCGCUGGCUUGAGAGUAAGAGCAUAUGCAACGUCAUUGGCGACUGCGUCGAAUUGGACGUUCAACUUUAUUAUUAUCAUGGUCACAGGCCCAGCAUUUCAAAAUAUUGGCUGGAAAACAUACAUAGCGUUCGCUGUUCUGAAUGCGUUCAUGGUCCCUUGCGUCUAUUUCUUCUUUCCAGAGACCGCCGGCCGUUCACUCGAAGACCUUGAUGUUGUAUUCGCCUUAGCCUAUAUUGAAGGGGUCUCACCAGUUUCAGUAUCCUUACGAAAAGAUGUUCCACUCGCAGGGACCCCCGAAGCUGACAGAAUCUUGGGGAUCGAAUGUAGCUCUGUUGAAAAAGUCGCCAUAUAA